AUGGAUUGCUGCACUUGGAAUGGAGUCGCUUGUGACAUGUUAACCGGUCAUGUUAUCGGGUUAGACCUUAGUUGCAGUCUGCUUCUGGGAAGUAUUCAUCCCAACAGCAGCCUCUUCCAACUUCAUCAUCUUCACACACUAAACCUUGCUUAUAAUGACUUUUAUCCAUCUCCCAUCCCACAUAACAUUGGCCGAUUGAGGAGUUUAAGGCAUCUCAACCUUUCUAAUGCUUACUUUAAUGGAAAAAUCCCAACAGAAAUCUCAUACCUUUCUUAUUUGGUUUCACUUGAUCUUUCUUAUGAUGACUAUGAACUUGAUGAGAGAACAUUUGAAACAAUGCUUCAGAACUUUACAAAUCUGGAGAUACUUUCUCUCUCUGGUGUCAACAUCUCAUCUCCGAUACCUGUAAAUAUGUCUUCCUCCUUAAGGUACGUGGAUCUUAGAUAUACUAAUAUGCAAGGUGUUCUGACACAGAGCUUUUUCCUUCUGCCAAACUUGGAAACUCUCUUAUUGAGAGGGAAUGAACUUCUCAAAGGAGUUUUUCCAAACGUCCACCCGAGAAACACUGUGUUAAUGGAGUUGGAUAUUGCAGACACAGGCAUCUCUGGUGAGCUGCCUGAUUCAAUUGGCACCUUGAGUUCCUUGAAUAUCUUGUACCUCUCAGGAUGUCAAUUCUCUGGUUCCAUUCCUGAUUCCGUUGGAAACCUAACACAAAUUAGGGAGUUGGAUUUUAGUGAUAAUAAUUUCACCAGCCAUAUUCCUUCAACAAUUUUCAACUUUACUCAUCUUAGAAGCUUAUACUUGUCGAGUAAUUCCCUAUCUGGACCACUUCCUAAUAAUGCGAGCAUGCUUCAAAACCUAAAAGAACUGGAUUUGUCUUACAACUCACUGAAUGGUACCAUACCAUCUUGGGUGUUUAGCCUACCUUGGCUAUCCUUGUUGUCCCUCAGUCAUAAUCGGUUAAGUGGUUCUUUUCCUCAAUCACUUGUGAAUGUCACAAACCUUCAUAGCCUUGACCUUUCAUCAAAUAACAUCACCGUCGAUGAAGGAAUACAAAUCACUUUUCCUAGCCUAGAAACUUUGCUGUUAUCAUCUUGUGAACUGAAGGAAUUUCCACACUUCUUGAGAAAUGUAAAGACACUUGGGAUCUUGGACAUUUCUAACAAUAAGAUUCGUGGCCAAAUCCCAAACUGGUUUAGCAGCAUGAGGUGGGACAACUUGUGGUACCUAAACCUUUCGCAUAAUUCAUUAACAGGCCACCUACCACAAUUUCGUUACCAUUAUCUAAGGUAUCUUGAUCUUAAAUUUAACUCCCUUCACGGUCCACUACCUUCAUCUCUUUGUAACAUGAACAAGCUUGAAUUUCUAGAUUUAUCACGCAACUACUUCAGUAACUUGAUUCCAAGUUGCUUGGGAAGCAUGACUAAGCUAACGGUGUUGGACUUAAGAAGGAACAAUUUCACAGGAAGUCUUCCCCCAUUAUGUGCGCAGAGAACUUCAUUGAGAACCAUUGUCUUGAAUGGUAAUCAACUUGAAGGAGCUCUCCCUUUGUCCUUGCUCAACUGUCAUGGUCUAGAAGUUCUUGAUGUGGGGAACAACGCUAUAAAUGACACAUUUCCAGCUUGGCUAGGAAAACUUCAAGAACUGCAGGUCCUGGUAUUAAAGUCCAAUGUGUUCCAUGGACCUAUAAGUACUUGUCAGACUAAGUUUUGCUUUCCCAAGUUGCGAAUUUUUGAUCUUUCUCGUAAUGAAUUCAAUGGCUCACUUCCUGCAAGAGUUUUUGGAAACUUCAAGACAAUGAUUAAAUUAGAUGGUGAAGACACAGGAGAGAUCAUAUACAUGCAAUCAGCUGAGCAUUCAUUAUACACAACGUAUGAGGAUUCAGUGGGUUUGGUAAUCAAAGGCCAGGAUAUUCAGCUAGAAAGAAUUAGCACAAUCAUGACAACCAUAGAUCUCUCAAGCAACCAUUUUGAAGGUGUCAUUCCAAAAACACUAACGGAUCUCAGCUCACUUUGGCUACUCAAUUUAUCCCGCAACAAUCUCACAGGUGAUAUUCCAAUGGAACUGGGACAGUUGAAUAAGCUUGAAGCGUUAGAUCUCUCUUGGAAUCGGCUCACAGGAAAGAUUCCACAGGAAUUGACAAGAAUGAACUUUCUGGCUUUCUUAAACCUCUCCCAAAAUCAUCUCGUCGGACCGAUUCCUCAAGGUCCACAAUUUAACACAUUUGAAAAUGAUUCAUAUGGUGGCAACCUUGAUUUAUGUGGUCCUCCUUUAUCAAAGAAAUGUGGAACAAGUGAUUCAUCGCAUGUUCCUCAACCAUUGGAGUCUGAAGAAGAUGAAGAUGAGUCAUAUUUCUUUAGUGGAUUUACGUGGGAAUCAGUAGUCAUAGGCUACAGUUUCGGACUCGUUGUUGGAACUGUUGUGUGGAGCCUCAUAUUUAAAUAUCGUAAACUAAAAUGGUUUGUGGAAUUUUUUGAUGGCAUCAUGCCUCACAAAAGAAGAAGGCCAAAGAAGAGAGCUCAGAGACAACGGACUUAA